AUGCUAGACAUGGAAGUUGAACUUCAAUUAGGAUACACAAUCCCAACCUCUGGACGGUAUGAUACAUCUUGUAUGUUGUCAUACAAGGGGGAGGAUAUUGUCCGCCAAAUACAAGCAAUACAAACUAAAGUGGAAGCCGCAAAAUCAGACCCAACACAGGCCAACUUCAUCACUGGCUUCCACGAUUUCUUCCGAUUAUCCUCCCUUCAAGAAUGCUUGAUUGGAGAAGACAUUUUCCUGGCUAAUUCAACCCUUGAGUACCUUGAGAAAGCUCUUAAAGGAUCCCCAGAAACAGACCCAUUGGCUCGAAAAGCUCAAAAUCUCCGGUGUGAGAACUCCUUUGGGAAUGGUGGCAGUCAUGUGAGGGGGAAAUAG